CUUCAGGCAAACAGCAUGGUUCUUCUCAGGGACCUCUUCAUCUUGCAAGUUGUACGGUUGGUGCUAACUUACAACUUUUCUAACUGUAACUUCGAGGAGAUUUCAAAUAUAUAUUCUGAAGCAAUUUUUCCUGACCUGAAAGAAUAUUUGAAUGGGCGCACAUUCAACCAAAUCGAGGUCUGUGACAACUUGACAGAUUGUCUCAUGAAAAUCGAGUACCAUACUCUCAAUCCUAUCCCCGGCUGCCCGUCACUGCCCCAGAAAACAUUCGCCUUGAAAACGAAAGGGGCCCUCAUUAGCCAAUGCCCAGGCUACUCUGAGACUCAGAGAAACAAUCCUCAGGAAAUGAAGCAAGAAGUCGAAAACAUCUGCCUGAAUCAAACCUCACAAAUACAAUGGCUGUGGUUUACCCUCCGUCAAACUCCAGUAUAAUAAACUUAUCUUUCAUUUUAUAGUAUGAAAAUAUAUCAUGUUUUAGUAGAUAUAAUACUAAGGGUGUGACAUUUAAAAGAACACUAAUGUUUAGUCUUUAAUUACAGAAAGGAUUCUUAACUUAUUUUUGGCAAAUUGCGACUGUUUAGUGUAGGAACUUUAAUGGGAGAUGAGCACGGCCCCUCUAACGUCAACGGAAAUAUCUGCACUGUUGAUGACCGCCUUCUGAGCAGGGUGUCCCAACUGCACCUGCAGACACCUCACUCUAGGGCAAACCUAAAAGUGUAUAGAGAAGGGAAUUGAAAGUGGAAAAAGAGGUUGGAAUCAAUGAUAGCAUCUAAACUCUGUUUAACAGCAAGAAUUUUUCUAUCUAUAGUGAUUCUUCUAACAUUCUUAUAUUUGACUAAGGAGAAAAUGGCAGCAGAGGAGAUUGUACACACAGUUAUUGCCACAGUGAAGCAGUCUGAAAGAAGCUUGUAGAAUGUAUGGCUGUGAAUGCACUGUAAAUCCAGCUUUAAAAGUGACCUAACAGACAACAGACCCUGAAGUGCCUCUGUGCAGCUACCAGACAUAUAUUUAAAGUUGUGUGUAAAGUAUUUCUAAUUUAUUUUAUGAGGACUUUUGAAAAUACACAUGCUGCUUUGUAAUGGACAUAUUUCUUAAUAAAAUAAUUCUUGUGUUA